AGGUUUGGGGAUUUUACAAGGAGCAGUAGUGACCGAGGACUCGCCUUGAUAUAUAUAUAUAAUACACACUCUGUAUCUAUCGACCAGAAGUGUGGAACACGAGUUGUUAUCAUGGUGAGGAAGAGGAGAACUGAACUUCCCAGUGGGGGAGAGAGUUCUGGGUCCCAGGAAGCAAGUGGAGGACGUGGUGGUGGUACCCAACGCCUCCCAGGACAACAACCACCACAACAGCAGCAGGGAGUUGGAUAUCAAGGAGGAGUAGUAGCAGGAGGGAGAGGUUUAGGUCCUCAAUCUCAGUAUGGAGGUCGUGGUGGCCGUGGUGGUGGAGCUCAACGUGGUGGGAUAACUCCCCAGCAGAGUUAUGGUGGUCCUCCUGAGUAUCAUCAUCAUGGCAGGGGAAUUCAGCAGCAGCCACGAGGAGGAGUGCCUCAGCGCCGUGGAAGUGGCAGCCGUGGGGUAGGGCCUCCUGCUGGUGGACCUUCUAGACCACCUGUUCCCGAGCUGUACCAAGCAACCCAGGCUCCGUCUCAGACCGGAGCGGCCACUCAGCCGGUGUCUUAUGGGAGAUCGCCUGAAAUGCAUCCCGAGGCCAGUUCUUCAUCUAGUCUACCUGAGCCAAGCACUUUGCAAGGGACACAGCAGUUUCAGCAGCUUUCUGUUCAGGAAGAAGGGUCUUCUAGCCAAGCAAUUCAACCUGUGCCUCCGUCAAGUAAAUCCGUGAGAUUCCCUCUUCGACCGGGCAAGGGUAGCACAGGUACCAGGUGUAUUGUCAAGGCUAACCACUUUUUUGCAGAAUUACCAGACAAGGAUUUGCAUCAGUAUGAUGUUUCAAUUACCCCCGAGGUCACAUCACGAGGUGUCAACCGUGCUGUGAUGGAACAACUGGUGAAACUUUACAAGGAGUCUCAUCUUGGAAAGCGACUUCCUGCCUAUGAUGGAAGAAAGAGUCUCUAUACUGCGGGUCCUCUGCCUUUCAUUUCGAAAGAGUUUAAAAUCACCCUCAUUGACGAGGAUGAUGGAUCAGGCGGUGCCAGGAGAGAGAGGGAAUUUAAAGUUGUUAUUAAACUGGCUGCAAGAGCUGAUUUGCACCAUUUAGGAUUGUUUUUACAGGGGAGGCAGGCAGAUGCACCGCAAGAAGCUCUUCAGGUUUUGGACAUUGUUCUGCGGGAAUUGCCCACAACUCGCUAUUGUCCUGUGGGGCGAUCAUUUUAUUCCCCCGACUUGGGGAGAAGGCAGCCAUUGGGUGAGGGUUUGGAGAGUUGGCGUGGAUUUUAUCAGAGCAUUCGCCCAACUCAGAUGGGGCUGUCAUUGAAUAUUGAUAUGUCCUCUACUGCUUUCAUUGAGCCGUUGCCUGUUAUAGACUUUGUAGCCCAGCUUCUAUGCCGGGAAAUUUCUUCUAGACCUUUGUCUGACGCUGAUCGUGUAAAGAUAAAAAAAGCUCUAAGAGGAGUUAAGGUUGAAGUUACUCACCGUGGAAAUAUGCGCAGAAAAUAUCGAAUAUCUGGUUUAACAUCUCAAGCAACAAGAGAACUGACUUUUCCGGUGGAUGAAAGGGGUACAAUGAAAUCUGUUGUUGAGUACUUCCAAGAGACUUAUGGUUUUGUCAUUCAACAUACUCAAUGGCCCUGUUUACAAGUUGGAAAUCAGCAGAGGCCGAAUUAUUUGCCUAUGGAGGUCUGCAAGAUUGUUGAGGGUCAAAGGUAUUCCAAAAGGUUGAAUGAGAGACAGAUCACUGCUUUGCUGAAGGUGACCUGUCAGCGUCCUCAAGAAAGAGAGUAUGAUAUCCUUAAGACAGUUCAUCACAAUGCUUAUGCUGAGGAUCCUUACGCAAAAGAAUUUGGAAUAAAAAUCAGUGAGAAUUUGGCCUCAGUUGAAGCUAGAAUUCUGCCUGCUCCUUGGCUUAAAUACCAUGACACGGGUCGAGAGAAGAAUUGUUUGCCUCAAGUGGGUCAAUGGAAUAUGAUGAAUAAGAAAAUGGUUAAUGGGGGAAUAGUGAACCAUUGGAUAUGUAUUAAUUUUUCACGCAAUGUGCAAGACAGUGUGGCCCGUGGGUUUUGUUAUGAGCUUGCUCAGAUGUGUAACAUUUCUGGCAUGGCAUUUAAUCCUGAACCUGUUCUCCCAGCACUCAGCGCCCGUCCCGAUCAGGUUGAAAGAGUCUUGAAGGCUCGGUUUCAUGAUGCCAUGGCUAAACUACAGCCCAUGUCCAAGGAGCUUGAUUUGCUAAUAGUUGUUCUGCCAGACAAUAAUGGCUCACUUUAUGGUGAUCUGAAACGUAUUUGUGAGACGGAUCUUGGAAUUGUUUCCCAGUGCUGCUUGACAAAGCAUGUUUUCAGGAUGAGUAAGCAAUAUCUGGCAAAUGUAGCUUUAAAGAUUAAUGUAAAGGUUGGAGGAAGGAAUACAGUGCUUGUUGAUGCGUUAUCAAGGCGCAUACCUCUUGUCAGUGAUCGGCCAACUAUCAUUUUUGGCGCUGAUGUUACCCAUCCACAUCCUGGAGAGGAUUCAAGUCCAUCUAUUGCGGCGGUAGUUGCUUCUCAAGAUUGGCCAGAGGUUACAAAGUAUGCUGGUUUGGUUUGCGCUCAAGCUCAUCGACAGGAGCUAAUCCAAGAUCUAUUUAAAACUUGGCAAGAUCCUACUAGAGGAAUUAUGUCUGGUGGCAUGAUUAAGGAACUACUCAUUUCAUUUCGUAGAGCGACAGGGCAGAAACCACAGCGCAUCAUAUUUUACAGGGAUGGUGUCAGUGAAGGACAGUUCUACCAAGUUUUGCUUUAUGAGCUUGAUGCUAUUCGUAAAGCUUGCGCAUCUUUGGAACCCAAUUAUCAGCCCCCUGUUACAUUUGUUGUGGUUCAGAAACGUCAUCAUACAAGGUUGUUUGCCAACAAUUAUUCUGACCGGAAUUCUACUGACAGGAGUGGAAAUAUACUUCCUGGGACAGUUGUGGACUCCAAAAUCUGCCAUCCCACUGAAUUUGACUUCUAUCUGUGUAGUCAUGCUGGCAUUCAAGGUACGAGUCGGCCAGCCCACUACCACGUGCUAUGGGAUGAGAACAAAUUCACAGCUGAUGGGCUGCAAUCACUCACUAAUAACCUUUGCUAUACAUACGCAAGGUGCACACGUUCUGUUUCAAUUGUGCCUCCUGCAUAUUAUGCUCAUCUGGCAGCUUUUCGGGCCCGUUUUUAUAUGGAACCAGAGACGUCUGAUAGUGGCUCAAUGACUAGUGGUGCAGCUGCUGGUCGUGGAGGUAUGGGUGGUGGUGCAGGUACACGGAGCACAAGGAUCCCAGGUGCUAGUGCUGUAGUGAGACCCCUACCUGCCCUUAAAGAGAAUGUGAAGAGGGUGAUGUUCUACUGCUAGUUUUGUGGUGGAGAACAAUUUUCAUUGGGAAGGACCUACCCUACUACUUAUUUAUUGACUAUGGUGUGUUAUUGGUGUUUACUUUGAAUGGGUUGGAUUUGUUACUUGAAUAAUAUUUACACAUUUCAGAUUGGUACCCAUUGAAUCUGUUAAGGUGACCGAGUUGUUACUUGUUGA